UAUCCCUUCAGAUCAUUACCCUCUAUCUCUCUCCCCGUUUUCUGAAGAUCUGUUACCCUCGUUUCUUCACACCCUCUCUCUCUCACUCUAUCUCUGUCUCUCUAGCUAUGACCGACUGUACGGAGCCAUCAACGCCUUCAACAUCAUCAACAACAGGUACAAGAGAAUCAGUAUAUAUACACCCAAGAAGAGAGCCAUUUGAGCACGGACUCAUCCCCAUUCCCAAGCUCAUCUUCACCGAUGGAACACAAACCCUAGCUCCCCUCAAGGACCGUCUCGUCCACCAAUCUGCACCCACUCACCGAGUUAACUCGCUCGCCGUCUCUGAAGCCCUCCAGAUCUCUCCCGACCACGCCCGCCUCGUCCUCGACACGCUUGCCUCCAUCCUCCACUCCGAUUCCGACCCGCUUGUCACCGCUAAGCCCUCCGAGAUCGACUCAGUUGGAGUCGAUGUGAAUGAUUUGAUAUUGUUCUUGUAUACACAGUCGUAUAAGCGGUUGCUUCCGAAGGGACACAAGGACUCGGCGGCGGUGGCUGAUGUGUGGCCGACUACUUCGGCGUUUGAUGGCUUUUUAUCAGCCCUAUCGCCGUUACAGCUUGUUCGCAGCAACAGCCGUCGAUUUAUACCAUCACAGGCAGAUGAAGAGGCUCACCAGUUGUCCUAUCUACAGAAGCAUUUGGGCAACAUUCUCUCUCUUUUGUCAGAGCCCUUGGAAGGGGAAGGCGAAGAAUCUUUGGUUUUGACCAUGGAAAAGUUUGAGCACCUUGAGUUUCUGAUUUACUUUGGUGAAAAAGGAUCUGAAAGAAUUCCUUUGAGCCAGGCCUCUCCAUUUUUUGCAAACUCAGAUCCCGACAUGCCUGCUGUUCCUGUUCCUGCAGCACAAGUUCAUGAUUGGCUGCUUCAGAGCAUAGCUUCUGCUUUGGAGCAUAGUUCUGAAAGAGUUUCUGCCAAAGAAAAUGGGCCACCCAGUGCUUCUGAUCAGGAUGUCCCAAUGGCUGAUGCCUGCACAAGUUCAGUCAAGGCUUCAACCAGUUCCGGAGGUCCAAGUUUUAUUGAGGGGAUCUCUAAAUCAUCAUACUUAAAACAAGCAUCUGAUCUUAACUGUUCUUCUUUAAAGGUUGUGAAUUGCCAUGAUUCUGUCAUUUACAUUUUAGCACCUUUAAGAUAUGCCACCAUCUAUGGAUGCUCUGAUGCAACUGUUGUUCUUGGAGCUGUUGGCAAGGCUGUAAGAGUCGAACACUGUGAGCGAGUUCAUGUGGUUACAGCAGCAAAACGAAUAUGUAUUGCCAAUUGUCGUGAGUGUGUAUUUUUUUUGGGGGUAAACCAACGGCCCCUUGUUGUAGGCGAUAAUCAUAAGCUGCAGGUGGCACCAUAUAAUACAUUUUACUCGCAAUUGGAGGAGCACAUGAGUCAAGUUGGUAUUGAAGCAACUAUCAACAGAUGGGACGAGCCUGUGGCACUAGGAGUGGUUGAUCCACAUGAUUCAUUAUCUCAUUCAGCAGGAAUCUCUGAUGCUCAAGCUGAAUCUGCUACACGUCUAGACCCUGAUCAAUUCACAAAUUUUUUGAUUCCCAACUGGUUUGGAGGUGAAUCCUCCGGGUCCACAAAAGAUAAUCCAUUUCCAUUGCCAGAUGUAUAUAUGGCAUCUCAGCAGAGAAAUCAUUCAAAUUUAGUGGAGAUUAAGCAAAAUUUGAGGGAAACACAGCUUGAAGAGAGUAAGAAACGAGAAGUAUCAAGUGCACUCCACGUAUACUUCAAAGACUGGUUGUAUGCCUCGGGAAAUAUCCGGCAGCUUUACUGCCUACAAGGUGAUUGAAACUGUCUGAUGAUGGAACCCAGCUCCUCUGCAUUGCAGCAAUGUACUGCAGUGGAUGGCUGAGAUCAAUUCACACACUACUGUUUGAAUUGAUCUCAGCUGUGUAUGAUGUUGUGGUACAAUCAACGAAUAGAACAAAAGGGGAACUUUCUUGUUUUUCUUCUCUUUUCAAGUUUGAGUGGGGCAAGUUCCUUUUGCCAUCUCUGUUGGUACUGCUGGCGGGUAAGAUUCUAUGCAAUUUGCAAUGAUGAACGUACUAAUGCACUGAGAUUGUUGUGCAGAAUGGAAUCAGAAAACAGUUUCUUACUGUAAUUUUUUCCCUAUGAAAAGAUUCUUCUUGUAUCAUUGUGAAAUCCAAAAUAUUGGAUUUUCAUUAAACACUGUGUUUUAGCUGUUCUGUUGUCAGAAAUAUGUAUUUUUAUUUUUUAUUUCUUUGUAAGUUCUGCUUUUCUUUAGUCGAUUAGCUCCUGAUCUCCAAUGAGUUGAAAUGGGAAUGUUGCUGGAAGAGUCGAGAGUUUGAUUGGAUUUGGAUAAAAGAAAAGGCAACGGUUAGACGUAUAAAUUGUCAUGGUUUGUGUCUGGAUUUGUUGGAGACCACUCCAAACUCUUGGUUGAAUCGAUUUUUAAGUUUCUUCAAA